AUGCCCCCAGGCAUCACCCAACACGGCCACCUCUCCUCCUCCUCUCACCUCGCAGCUCCCCCUCCCGCUGUCCCUUCUCGGUCCUUCACAACAAACGCGACCCGCACCAACAAGCAGACCACACAGACAGCAUCCCGUUCAGCUGCUGCACGUGCACGCAAACCCAACCCUCCCCAGCACAACACCAAUACUCGUCCGGCCGCUCCACCGCAACACACCAACACCACUCAUCCAGCUCCAGCACGCAGCCAAACCAAUCCUCCUCCUCCUCCCCACCCCAACCAACCCGCCAACAAUGCACACACAAGCAAACCCCGCUCCAUCCCACUCCUAACCGACAACCACACCUUCAACCUCCCCACAGACCCACUAGAGCGCUACCACUGGGUGCGCGAACAGACCAUCGCGUGCUAUCGCUCUGUCACCACGGGUACUGCGUCGGCGCGGGAGAUGGCGUUUAUUUUCAGCGUCCCCUCGCUGCCUCUGCCUGCAGCUGGCCUUGGGGGUGUUUCUGGUGUUGAAGUUCGUGGGGAGAGGAAGGCCGCCGAGGAGCCGAUCAGCGGUAGGGCGAGCAGGGACAAAACGCCAACGUCACGUUUGGCCAAAAAAAGGCCCGUCGAAGUGAUUGAAAUCUCCGACGAUGAAGACGACGAGGAGGACGACGACGAUGAUGAUGAUGACGAUGAUGAUGAUGAUGAUGAUGAUGAUCCUAUCCGCCGUUCGAGCCGCCGCAUCAGGCAUCUUCCAGUCGAGCACGGGCCCCUACUAGUCGGCAAGAGGAAUCUGCGAGUCAAGAAGGUGCCCCCUCCACUCGAGAGGGGGCCCCUACCAGUCCAAGACGCCCACCGGCCACUCUCCAACGCCGCACCACCACCGUGGUCCCAGCUCCCCCAGCCCACACCCGGCUUCAUCGGCGACUUCACCAACGUCGUCGAGGCACAGAUCAUCACCGGUAGGCGGCGCACGUGGGUCGAGGGAAUGUACAUCGAAGGACUACUUUCCUUUACAGGGCAUCUUGCAGAGACGGGCACGGUGGGGAGGAGGUGUGGGAGGUAUAGGUGGGAUGGGCACGGGAGGGCUUGUAAGCGGCUCGUUGGCGGCGGGAUCGGUGGGUGGUCGGUGGUCGGUGUGGGUGGUGUGUGA